CCUCUCUGCUCUUUGUUCAGUGAACGGCCUGCCAGUGCUCCAAACCUGCUGCUUCUAGUUAUAUGAGACAUGACGAUAUUUAUCAGAAAAUUUUUAUCAGAAGAAGAAUUUGAUGAUAAUUUUAAUACUGUAGAUCUGGUCAAAAAAACAUUAGUCUGCUUUAGCCUGGAGGACAAGAAACCACUAUGGAAGCUAUGGGGUUAUGCAUACAAUGACCCAAAAGUGGAGCAUGCUGAAACAAUUGUUUUACGAGAGCUCAAAAAAUAUUUGGAAUUGAAUCCUACAAAAAAAGACUCUCAAUAUAAAAUCACAUUUUACGCAUCUUACAGUCCCUGCCUCACCUGUUGUGAAGAAAUAUGCAAAUUUCUCAAUAAUAACAAUGAAAAAGUAAUCAUGAAACUGAAUAUUUCCAGAUUCUAUAAUUUUCAUAAUUAUGACAAUAAAAUCUGUUUAAAAAUUCUGGGAAAAUAUGGAGUGCAAAUUAAAAUGAUGGAUAUGGAAGAUUAUAAGGCAUGCUUUUAUCUUUUUGUGGAUCCAAAAGUGAAAUUCCAACCCUGCGAAGAAUUAGAUGUUCAGUGUCAAAGAAAUGAAAUUGAUCUGGAUCGUCUCUGGAGUGAGGAAUUUCAGGUAUUUGAAGACAAUUUAGUAAGAAGAAAGGGACAGAACUCAGCAAUAUCUUUUAUUUCUGAGCAUUUGUCACCCGGUCACAACAGACUGCAAAAAGAUCUUACAACACCGAAAAAGGAUGAACAAGAGACAACAUCACAAGCAAAGACCCCAGUGAAGUUAUCCCAGAUAAAAGAUAUGGAUCGCAAAGAGAGAUUUAAGAGAAAACUCUCAUUUGACUAACCAGAUUUUAUUUCCAAAGCUAUUAUACGGUCUAUAAAAUACAGUGAUCCUUCAAGAUACAAUAUUAAUUGGUUCCAGGACGACCAUUGUAUGUUGAAACAAUUAUGACUUGAGUCCAUAACACUAUGGAAAACUUUUAAUUGGUUCCAAAGACCCGAAUGCCAGCCCAGAAUAAGAGAAGAUUUAAGAAACAUAAGCAGAUAACUGAGACAGAUAAAGCGAGUCCUUACAUAUAACAGUCAGGAAUAGGUGCUGGGAGCUGUAAAUUACUUUUUAUGAUGAGGAAAGGAGCUUCGUCAGGGUCCUGUAUAGCACACAGUGUACCAUGAAAAUAACAUGGAGCCACCCUUAACUGACAUCCAAAGGAACAGUUCAUAGCACUGACAGAGGGCAACACAGGCAUGUAGUACCACUCCGUACAGAAAAGAGGAGCUACUAGACAACCAUUACAGGUGUUUCUAUACACAGAGAAAUAGACAAUUGAUUACUUGGAUCUGAGUCUUAGACAUUGUAUGAUUUAACAUAUGAUGGCCCAAGAGAAACCAUUGUAAGUUGAAAAUAUUGUAUCCUGAGACCAUUGUAUAUUCAGGGACCACUGUAAAUUGUAUGACAUUUUUUAUUUGAAUAUUAUUAAGCAAUUUAGGUACACAAAAAUUGUAAAUUAUGAAAACAGGACAUCAUACAUAACAUACAGAUUGUCAAAAUUUAUAUCAGUCCCUGUCCCCAGCAAGCAUCUCAGGCCCUUACACACUACAGUAGCUCCAAUUUAAUGACGCCAAUUGCCAGAUCUAUAUGUUUGGUGGGAGAAAACCAGAAUAACUGGAGAAAAACGAUGCAAAUACAAAGAAAAUAUACAGACUCCAUACAGAUAUUGCCCUUGGACCUCAGGAUAACAGUCAUCAACAGUACUAACCACUGGGCCACUUUGUGAAGCCACGGCAAUGCGACUAAGUGAAAUUUUAAACCAAAGAUCAAUAACUAAUGAGUAAAUUUAACACCCCUAUCUUGCAAAUUACAGACCCUUAAUAUGGAUGACUUUAGCAUCUCCGUUAACGUUCUAAUCUCCUCCUCUGCCUUUCAUAUUCUAUCUAUAACCUCGUCUCUAGGCCUCUUACAACUUACUUCUCUGCCACAAAGCAACAGUUCAUGAAUGUAUCAACUUGUCUUUCCUCCUUUCUGACACAACCUUCCUUUAUUUACUAUGAAGACUUCUCAUACCUUUCAUACUUCUAGAAACCUACAUGACAUAAAUCCCAGCAAUUUGCUGACACUCUAGAAUUAUCACUGGCCCCAAUCUCUUACUCUCUCCUGUCCUGAUCUGGCUGCCAAUCAACACAACCUUACCCUCAAAAUCCCCCUGAAUGAUACUGCUCUCAUUACAUUCCGACCUUCCCAACAUAGUCCAUAGCAGCCUUGGCACACACCUGAAACACAUUUUUUUCAGGCUUGCUGAACGUUUAUGGAGAAAAUCACAUAUGUCAGCAGAUUUUCUUCAUUACAAGUUUAUUCUUAAAACAACUCUUUGAUACUUUUCACUCUCUACUUAGCCCAAAAGUGAACAUGCCCAUUAAGAACGUCUGUGCUGAAGCCCUGGCCACUUAUUUCAAAGUUAAAACUGAUAACAUCUGACAGGAAAUAAUCUCCCAGUGUCCAACUGCCAUCAAUCACCCUCUCUCCCACACUUCCUUUUGUUGCUCAUUUGGCCCUAUAACAGUACAAGUCAUCUCCAGGCUCCUCUCUUCUUCUUGCCAAACUACCUUCAAUAGUGAUCCUAUUACUAUUCUAUUCCCUGGUUCAGUCCCUCUUCCCAGCUGUUAGUUACCUAACCAAAAUAUUUAAAGGGGUUAUCCAAGACUAUAACAGACCUCCCACGGUGGCCGACCUACGGUGUUGAUCAUACUCACCUUGCAGACGUUGCGGGGUUUGGUCUCCAUCACACCAUGGCUCUUCUCCCUGCUGCACUGAAAUCAACAUCCUGUUCAAGGGAGGCAAGUAACCACUCCAAUCACCUUUGAUACAAGGGGAGCAAAUCACCAUUGCAGCCAGCGAUUAGCUGGCGUGGUCAUGUGCCCCCCUGUCAAUGGGAUGUUGAUUUCAGCCAGCAUGGAGAUGAACAGCAGUCUGAAGAGCGAUGGCGACCGAACCCAGUGGCAGGAACCAGGUAAGUAUGAUCACCACUCUCUCAGAAGUCAUGUUAAAGUCUUGGAUACCCCUUUAACAUCUUUCCUCUCUUUCUUCUGGAACUGUUCCCUGCUCUUUUAAAUGUGUUCUACAAAAAAAACGACUUAAAAAAAAAAUAUGCCAUCUAAACUCCUGGAAUUCUUGGUCUACUCUCACCUAACUGCUAUCCUGCUUCUUGACCACAUGUCAAGAUGAUCUCCUGGCAGCUAAAAGUAAUGGCAACUACUCUGUACUGAUUCUUCACAAUCUCUCUGCAGUAAAUCACUAACUCUUCCUCAGUAUGCUCCACUCUGUUAUUUCUAUACAGUCAAUAUCAGACAGACUAUAGGCUGAUUAUUUUUUCAGUACCAUCUCUUUCCUGAUGAUACCCAACUAUACACUUUUUCUCAUGACAUCACCUCAGCAAUACUGUAAAACACCAGUGAUUGUCUGCCAGAUGUCUCUAACAUCAUGUAUGCUAUUUAUCUGAAACUAAAUCUCCAAAAAAUGGAAAUUCAUCUCUUUUCACCAUCUACUAACUUACCUAAACCUCAUAUUUCAAUUUCAGUGUUGUUACUACCAUCACUCCUGGACAGCAUGACAGCACAGUCUUGGAGUUAUGUUUGAUUUAGAGGUUUCCAUUGCUGUCUGUAUCCAGUCACUGGCACGCUCAUGUUACCUGUAUUUCAAGAACAUCUCCAGAAUCCACCCUUUUCUCACAAUAGAAACAGAAUUUUUUCAUUUUUGUCUUAACUAUCUCAACUCAUGACGGUCUCCCAGUCACUAAACUUUCUCCUUCAAUCUAUUCUCUAGCUUGUCUAGCUCAGUCACUUCACUGCUUGCCCAUCCACUACAGAAUACAAGUCAAACUUAUCAGUCUUACCCACAAAACUCUCCACAGUGCUAUACCUCCCUACAUAUCCUUCGUCAUUUCUGUCUAGCAUAGUACCGGUGCUCUAGAUUCUGUGAUCUAGCUGUACCAACUCUCUGGAAUGCACUAUACUUUUUGAAUUGUAACGGUUUCAUUACAAAUACACAUGGAAGGUGACCCUAACGAUAAUACUUAACUUUAAAUACAUUGAUUAAAAUGAAGCGCAUAUGGUAGAGAAAUGAAAACAAAUGUGCAGUAAUUGCCAGUGCCCAAUAAAAAAAUUAAAAAAAUAGAGAAAUAACAUUUAGUAGAUUUCCAGGAGUUCCCAAUAUCAGGGAGCUGGGUCUCUUUCCCUAGUUGCCCUUACUUGACCUGAGCUACUCUUUACACCCAGGUAGCGGAGCACUCACCCUGAUAAGGGCAACCCCUCUGAGCCGUCCCUCACAGCUUAAUAAGAAUAACUGAUGUACCCUAUGAAAGAGGCAGCUUCACAGCUAGGUGCAGAGAUUUGUCAGGAUACACAGCAGAAGGGUCUCAGAUUGAAAGCAAUUAUCCCGACACAAUUCCUUGGAAAUAAUCCAGAUCAUCAGGGGACUGAUCGAAAGGUCCAGGUAUGAUUAUCACCUGAACUGAACAACAUAUCCCUCAUCGGCUAACUGGUGUUGGGUGCCAGCGAGGACCAGAGCAGCGAUGAGGUUCAUUACCUCUGUGAUAGUGACAUGCAUUUCCAACUUUUGUGGGAGUGUACAUGUUGGGGGUUCUAUACUCAGUGCAGCGUGUGUGAAGACUAUUUCAUAAUUUGAUGUUUUGUCCUCAUCUUAAUUUAUUUCCUCUAUAUUUAGUAUAUAUUUCAAUAAAAUUGAAUUUUU